GGCGCAGGCGCAGUGCUGGGGGAGUUUACUGAGCCCCAGACAGCUGGAGGAGAUAAACAGAGGAGGGGGCUGGGGAGGGACCGAGUCCCAGCCAGCCUGGGGCUGCGGAGCAUGGCGAGGGGCUAGGGUGGCCAGCCCCACCCGCCGAGGGAGCCUCCUGUCCUGUCCGGGCCCAGGGCCGGGCUGUCCCCUGCAUGGAUGGAGCUUCUCAACUUCCACUCCCUGCGGAGCGUGCGCGCUGAGGAGGCCUGACAGUACUGAUGAUACACAGGAUUGGCAGACCUGAAGGCAGAAAUUCUUCAUAUCGCUGCAGAACAGGUAAUUAAAUGUCUCUACUGUGGAUCUCCGCUUUGUUGGAAUGCUUGGAUGCACUGCAGCGCCUCCUAUAGCUUUCUUUUGUCGGCCUCACUGUGAGAAGAUGGCAAAAGUAAACAUUACUCGAGACCUCAUCCACAGGCAGAUCAAGGAGAAGGGCGCCCUCAGCUUUGAGCGGCACUAUCAUGUCACUGACCCAUUCAUCCGACGCCUGGGCCUAGAAGCAGAGUUGCAGGGUCACUCUGGAUGCGUCAACUGUCUAGAAUGGAAUGAGAAAGGAGACUUGCUGGCUUCUGGCUCCGAUGACCAGCAUACCAUUGUCUGGGAUCCCCUGCAUCACAAGAAGCUUCUUUCUAUGCACACAGGGCAUACUGCGAAUAUCUUCUCUGUCAAGUUCUUGCCACAUUCAGGGGAUCGGAUCCUCAUCACAGGAGCUGCAGACUCCAAGGUGCAUGUUCAUGACUUGACUGUCAAGGAAACCAUCCACAUGUUUGGUGACCACACCAACCGGGUCAAGCGUAUUGCCACGGCCCCUAUGUGGCCCAACACCUUCUGGAGCGCAGCGGAGGAUGGGCUAAUCCGACAGUAUGAUCUGCGAGAGAACAGCAAACGCUCAGAAGUCCUGAUAGACCUGACCGAAUACUGUGGGCAGCUGGUGGAGGCCAAGUGCCUCACUGUCAACCCCCAGGAUAACAAUUACCUAGCGGUGGGAGCCAGUGGGCCCUUCGUACGCCUCUAUGACAUACGCAUGAUCCACAACCACAGAAAAAGCAUGAAGCAGAGUCCCUCAGCGGGAGUCCACACGUUCUGUGACCGGCAGAAACCCCUUCCAGAUGGUGCGGCUCAGUACUACGUGGCAGGGCACCUUCCAGUGAAGCUACCAGACUACAACAACCGGCUGAGAGUUCUAGUAGCCACGUACGUCACCUUCAGUCCUGAUGGCACGGAGCUGUUGGUCAAUAUGGGAGGGGAACAGGUCUACUUGUUUGACCUGACUUACAAACAGAGGCCGUACACUUUUCUCCUGCCAAAGAAGUGCCACUCUUCAGGGGAAGUGCAGAAUGGAAAGACCUCAACCAAUGGAGUGUCAAACGGCAUCCAUCUCCACAGCAACGGAUUCAGAUUGUCUGAGGGAAGAACACAUAUCAGUCCCCAGAUUGAGCUGCCUCCAUAUCUGGAAAAAAUUAAACAGCAAGCCAAUGAGGCAUUUGCGUGCCAGCAGUGGACUCAAGCCAUCCAGCUGUACAGCAGAGCAGUUCAGAAAGCCCCCAACAACGCCAUGCUGUACGGAAACAGAGCUGCUGCCUACAUGAAGCGCAAGUGGGAUGGGGAUCACUAUGAUGCUUUAAGAGACUGCUUGAAGGCCAUCUCCCUGAACCCAGGCCACCUGAAAGCCCACUUCCGCCUGGCCCGCUGUCUCUUUGAACUGAAGUAUGUGGCAGAAGCGCUCGAGUGUCUGGAUGACUUCAAAGGGAAGUUCCCAGAACAGGCGCAUAGCAGCGCUUGUGAUGCACUGGAUCGAGACAUCAAUGCAGCCCUCUUCUCUAAAAGUGAUAACGCUGAAGACAAGAAAGGGGGCGGGCCAAUUCGGCUGCGAGCAACUGGGCGCAAAGACUCCAUCUCGGAUGAUGAGAUGGUGCUGAGGGAACGCAGCUACGACUACAAAUUCCGGUACUGUGGCCACUGUAACACCACCACCGACAUCAAGGAGGCCAACUUCUUUGGCAGCAACGCACAGUACAUAGUCAGCGGCUCAGACGAUGGGUCUUUCUUCAUCUGGGAGAAAGAAACUACCAACCUGGUGCGGGUGCUGCAGGGGGAUGAGUCUAUUGUGAACUGUCUCCAGCCCCACCCGAGUUACUGCUUCCUGGCCACCAGCGGCAUUGAUCCAGUUGUACGGCUCUGGAAUCCGAGGCCGGAGAGUGAAACCCUCAAUGGGCGUGUGGUGGAAGACAUGGAAGGCGCUUCCCAAGCUAACCAGAGACGAAUGAACGCAGACCCCCUGGAGGUGAUGUUGCUGAACAUGGGCUACCGUAUCACAGGACUGACCAGUGGGGGGGCUGGAGGCUCGGAUGAUGAAGACAGCUCAGAGGGGCAGGUCCAGUGCCGGCCCAGCUAAAGCAAAACGGCUUGUCCUUCCUGUAAUUGUUGUGUUGAAGGGGAACCUGGUUUCCUUGGUUCUAAACUUUCUGACUGCACUGUUUCACACUAUGCACAGAGUAGGACAAGCUGGCAGGGGCAGGAGCGGCCUUCUCAUUAGACCACCGCCACCACCUCUCCUCCUCCUCCUCGUCACACUACUGAGCAGCAUGGCAAUGCAGUCUGGGUUUUGCCUUUAGUGGAAUUUAGUCCCUGCUGGGAUUUUGAGUUGUCUGUGAGCAGUAUAAACUGGUGACCUCCUCCAGCGUGAGCAGGAAGAAGGGGCAUUGGCUACAUUCAUGCGUUUGCAGAGGAUUCUUAAUGUCCCAAAUAAAAUGUAAAUCUAG